AUGGAAUCCGAAACGCUGGAGCAGAUGCAGUCGCGGCACCGCAAGGAGCAGCGCGACCUUGUGGGCCGGAUCACGAGCAAGAAGAAGAACGCUACCAAGAAGACGCGCAAGGGCGUGAAUGAUGAGUGUGCCGAGCUGGAGAGGCAGUUGAAGGCGAAGCAUGAGGAGGAGGUGGCUGGGUUGUCUGGCGGUGGUGUUGCCGAGGAGGUCCAAGACAACGACGACGAGGCUACGAGAGACGAGACGGCCGAGGUUGCGGAGAAGUUGAGGGAUACUACCAUUUCCGAAUCCGAAACGCCGGUAGGAGAAGAGAAGGAACAGACACAGACGCACGCACAAGGCCAAGGCCAAGGGAAGAAGCGCAACAGACAAAAGGAGCGCCUGGCGCGGCGGGCGGCCGAGGUCGAGGCCGCGGCGGAGAAGGCGCAGGAGGAGGCGAGCGGCAUGACGGACCACCGUGGCAUCGAGAAGACGUACAUGCUCAAGGAGUUCAAAGCCAACGGGCUCGAGGAGAAGGAGAUUGCGCCGGACGGGCACUGCUUGUUUUCUGCUGUGGCGGAUCAGUUACGGCAGCUGGGGAUUCCACUUGCUAGUGCUGAAGAAGCGAGUAGUGGUGGUGGGGACUCGACGCAGAAGCUCCCGUAUAAGGUUGUGAGGAGGGCGGCGGCGGAGUAUAUGGUGUCUCACCCGGACGACUUUGCGCCGUUUUUGGAGGAGGGGUUGGAGGGGUACGUGAGGCGGAUCCGGGAUACGGCGGAGUGGGGUGGGCAGCUUGAGCUUGCGGCGCUGGCGAGCGUGUAUGGGGUUGAGAUUCGGGUUGUGCAGGAUGGGAGGACGGAGAGGAUUGGGCCGGCGGCGGGUGGUGAUGGGGAGGAGGAGAAGAAGGAGAUUUGGUUGGCGUAUUAUCGGCAUGGGUAUGGGCUUGGUGAGCAUUAUAAUUCUUUGCGAAAGCUUACGGCGUGA